CAGCUUUACAGACUGCAGGCUGGCUAGCCUGCAACAAAGCCUAUUGAUCUUGACUUUUGGGACAUUUGGUGCUAUUCCAAGAACUGGAAAAUGGGCACCAACUUGACCUGUGAACAGGUUGACUUUAACUUUACCCACAUUUUCUUAUCCACGGUGUACGUUUUUGUUUUUGUUUUUGGACUUCUUGGCAAUUGCUUUGGCUUGAAAUCUGUGCAUGCAAACUGGACAAAGCUGGGAAAUGUAAACAUUUUUGCACUGAAUUUAUGUAUAGCAGACAUUUUGUACCUGCUCACUUUGCCACUUUUGGUGGCAUAUUAUGCGAAUGGACAGGAAUGGAUCUUUGGACAAAGCCUCUGCAAGCUAACGAGAUUCCUAUUCAGUAUCAAUCUCUAUGGAAGUAUUGGCUUUCUCACAGUUAUCAGUGUGUACAGGUAUCUGAGCAUUGUCCACCCUCUGAAGGUGAAAGGCCGAAUAAGAGCGCACUGCUCUAUGGGGAUAACUGCACUGGUCUGGAUUUUGGUUUUCGUUCAGAGUCUGCCUGAGGUGUAUUUUGAAAAAACAUCCCAGAACAUGUCGCAAUGCUACGACACAACGGUGACCAACAGCACAGAGAAAUAUUUGCGGUACAGCAUUGUGCGAACUGUUACUGGAUUUGCAAUACCUUUGGUGGUGAUGGUGUGCUGCUAUGGACAUGUGGCUUUUACUCUGGCAACGAAUAAAGACUUUGGAGAUAACUUGCUGAAACUGAGGUGUCUAAGGCUGGUGGUGGUCCUGGCUCUACUCUUCUCUGUGUGCUUCAUCCCCUACCACAUAUUCAGAAACCUCAACCUGCAGACCCGGAUCUGGAAGACCAGGAACGUCUGCCAGAGAUGGUUUGCCGAUGUCUACAUCGCCAACCAAAUAGGCAACGGACUGGCAUGUCUGAACAUUGUCAUUAACCCACUAGUGUAUCUGUUCAACGGUGAUGAACUUCUCAUGAGGUGUUUUAAGUGCGUAAGACUUCAAACCCUUGCAGACUCUGCUAAAUUCUCUCCUGCGAGCUUAACAAGGAAAGUGAGGGAAACUGUCAUACCUCCAUCCUCACCCUAAGUGACUGCUUACAAUCUAACAUGGCAUAACUGAUCACUUUUGUUUGCAUGUUUGGAUGUUUUGUUACGUUUUCCAGGAUUUUCCUUGAUUUUGUUGCAUCGGCACUUUGUUUGACAGUGUCUGGGUUCAGGGGUAACCUAUUUAUACCAGCUAGGACGCAUUCUCUGAGUGGACAACAAAACACUUUU